UGUUACAGACCAUAAGCAACUUCACCCUUAAACCGCAAGCAGCACACCACUUUGUCACCGGUGCUUUGGGUUUAAGUGGAUCCACAACUAUUCGACCAACCAAAAUAGUAAUAAUAAUAAUAAUUACUUUAAAAUCAGGAAAUCCAAAUCAAAAGAAUAACUCAGUAACAAUAUGGGAAAAGAAAUGAUUUGCUUUGUGACUAUUUGGAUAACUUUGGGAAACAUCCAUGCAACUUUUUCUUCAGAUGUUGAACCCACCGCCAACUCGACUGCUUUUGCAAACAGCACAGUCACCGAUGCACCUGUGCCAACCACCACUGAAUGGAUGACGGAUUUCACUGACAUCGUGUCUAAGUUCUCCCUGCGCACCGCCGAGCUCCCGGAUGAUGACAUGUGCUACAUGGUGGCCGGCAGACCAGAAACCAUCACCGAGUGCGCAUUCAACCCAGAAACCCAGACCUUCAUUGUGAUACAUGGCUGGACGGUAACAGGGAUGUUUGAGAGCUGGGUGCCCAAGCUGGUGUCCGCCCUGUAUGAGCGCGUGCCAACUGCAAACGUGAUCGUGGUGGAUUGGCUGACUCGCGCCAAUCAGCACUACCCCACCUCCGCAGCCUACACCAAGCUGGUUGGCCGAGAUGUGGCCAAGUUCGUUACAUGGCUGCAGAAAGAGCUGCAAUUGCCCUGGGAGAGGAUUCAUCUUUUGGGAUACAGUCUGGGAGCACAUGUGGCUGGCAUUGCUGGAGAUCUCACUGACCAUAAGAUCAGCAGGAUCACAGGUCUGGAUCCCGCCGGUCCCACCUUUGAGCACGCAGACGAUCAGAGCACUCUGUCCCGAGGCGAUGCCCAGUUUGUGGACGUUCUGCACACCAAUACCAGAGGCUCUCCAGACCGCAGCAUUGGCAUCCAGAGGCCAGUGGGCCAUAUUGACAUUUACCCUAAUGGAGGAACCUUCCAGCCGGGUUGUGACAUCCAGAAUACCUUGCUGGGGAUUGCAUCAGAAGGGAUCAAGGGCCUCCAAAAUAUGGAUCAGCUUAUCAAAUGCUCCCAUGAGCGCUCCAUCCACUUGUUCAUCGACUCGCUGCUGAACAUCCAGCAGCAGAGCAUGGCCUACCGCUGCAACUCCAAGGACGCCUUCAACAAGGGAAUGUGCCUCAGCUGCAGGAAGAAUCGAUGCAACAAGCUUGGCUACAACAUCAACAAGGUCCGGAUGACCCGCAGUGCCAGGAUGUACCUCAAGACUCGGGAUAUGAUGCCUUACAAAGUUUUCCAUUACCAAGUGAAGGCACACUUCUUCAGCAAGGACAAACAGAGCUUCAGUGAGCAGCCAAUCAAGAUUUCCCUGUAUGGAACCCACGGAGAGAAGGAGGACAUCCCGCUUGUCCUGCCCAUCCUUGAUAGCAACAGCACCUCGUCCUUCCUGAUCACCACCGACGUGGACAUCGGUGACCUGAUGAUCGUCAAGAUUCGCUGGGAGAAAGACGCACUUUUCAGCUGGUCCGACCUUUGGGGCAGCAGCAAGUUUCACCUCCGAAAGCUCCGCAUCAAAUGUGGCGAGACUCAGUCCAAGGUGAUCUUUAACACAAAGGAAGGAGAGUUUGCUUACCUUGUUAGGGGAGGGGAAAAUGCAGUCUUUGUCAAGUCAAAAGAAGACACACUGAGCCGUAAAGAAAGACAGAUGCACAGACUCAAGACGCAGGGUAGUCUCUUUGGUCAGAACGAGGCUUGAAGUGACGCAAAACUUGAAUCCUCAUCCAUCUCUAGUUGCGCAGCCAAAGAUGGACAGCACACAGAAACACUGGGGAACCAUUUGAGGACACCUGGACACUUAGUGAAUGCUCCUGUCUACCUACUUCUGCCCUGAAACCAACCAAACCUCAUCCACAGUUUAUGAAAUCAGUCUUCUUCUGACUCCCUGUGUCUCUCCUCAAAUUCUGCUGCAGCAAAAAAGUUACUGGUUUCAGUUUUGAGGAUGUGCUUGUUAUUUUUUUUUUUAAACAACUGUCCAUUUUAAGUAGCUAUUGCUGCUUUGUAAUCAUUGUUUAUGCUUGUGUAUCGUGUAUGAGCUGUUUUUAUUCACUUUGAUGUAAUUUCAGAACCCUGAAAUGUUGUGUUUCCUUUGCCUAUGUGAACUGGGAUUAUUGAUAACCUGUAAAUGAUUCUUAGUGAUAGGCAUAAUCAUGGCACAUUUCUGUGUUUGUUUUUGUUUUUUAAUCAACCAUUUUGUGCCCACAGUUACUUUUUUUUAACCACUAAUUACCAACAAUCGACAGGGACCAAAGAAACUUUUGCUAUCUACUGAAGUCGAUCAUAGUGUUCCUUGUAAAUACUGUAAUCAGCAUCAGCGAUCUUUUCUUUUUGAACAUGAGCCACAUGCUAACACCUAAUCUCUUGAAGUGUUGUUUGUUCUUUGAUUUUGCUGCGUUUUGUGUCAUUUGUCAGCAUUUAAGAUGUCAAGAAUGGUCAAACUGCACCAUAUUAGUGAUUUGCAUUCUUUCAUUUCAGUAUUUUUAAGUAUUGUAAGUCACAGCGAUUCAUUGAAUUAUCCAGAAACAGAGUUUCUCAUAACUCAACUCAUAGUUUACGCAGAACCACAAAUAGAACCUAAAAGAAAAAAAAUCACCAAGCAAGCCUUAAUGUUCAUCAUACAUUUCAAGAAGACGACUUCACACUGUAUUUAUUGAUUGUACAUUUAUAUAUUUGUAUAUUGAAGCUGUAAUAUAUGUUGGCAGGCUGCAUUGCUGCUUGUAUUUCUAUAAAUGAAGCCUUUUUAAAUGUUUUUCAUGGAAAAAGCUUUGGGAGCGUUGGUUAGACUGAGCCAGCUGUUGAGAGCAAUGACUUUUUUAAUGAACCGGAAUUCGGUACACUGUUUCACAGAACGAGCCCAGCAAUGGUAUAAUAAAGAGCUACACCCCAGAUCAAGA